AUGAGUAGAUCAUCAGAGGAGGAGGAAGAGGAGGAGGAGGUGGAGGAAGAGGAUGAGGAGGAAGAGGAUGAGGAUGAAAUCAAUGAAAGGAACAGAAAAAGGAAAUUGGGAGACAGGGAUUCGUCAGAUGACGAGAGCGAUGAGAGCAGCGAGGAGAGGAAAAAGAAGAAGAAGAAACAGAAGAAGAAGAAGAAGGAGUGGAGUGACAGUGAUGAUGACGACGAUAGUGAUGACUUUAGCCGAAAGAAGAAGAAAAAGAAAAAGAAAAAAGGGAAGAAGAAGAAGAAGAAGAAGUCCAAGGGCAAAGACAAGAAGAAAAAGAAAAAGGAUGAUGAGAAUUUUGCAGAGAUGUAUGAACAGGAACUUCGGGAUUAUCACUCGGAAUCUUCUCACGAAACCGAAGAUGAGUACAACAAGAAAAAAGUCUAUGAAGUGGUGACGGUGACAGGAGAUGUCAGAGGAGCAGGGACUGAUGCUAAUGUCUUUGUUACUCUCUUUGGAGAAUUCGGGAUUACGCCAAAGGCCCAUCUGACCAGCAAGAGCAGCUCUGCCUUUGAAAGGAGCAAAACCGAUGUGUUUCGAGUCAGAAUCAACAACGUUGGAACAAUAAGGAAGAUAAGAAUUGAGCAUGACAACACGGGAAUGAAUGCCAGCUGGUUUCUGGAUCGUGUGAUAGUGACGGACAUGAACAGGCCUCACCUCCGAUUCUAUUUCCCAUGCAACAAUUGGCUGAGUAAGGAUGAGGGAGACGGACUUUAUGUCAGAGAUCUGAUUGGCAGCCUCAACCCCAUGGAUGUUCCCAAAGUAAACAAAUAUGUAGUCAGAGUGUUUACAGGUGACAUAAGCGGCAGCGGAACAGAUGCAGAUGUUUUUAUUAACCUCUUCGGCCAGAAUGGAGACACAGGAGAGCGAAAGCUGGACAACGACAAGGACAAUUUUGAGAAAGGCGCAGAAGACAAGUUUACUCUCGAUGCUCCCAAUCUGGGAAAGUUAAGGAAAAUCACCAUAGGCCACAACAACAAGGGAGGCUCAGCUGGAUGGUUCCUGGCCAAGGUUAUCAUUGAAGACAUUGGCAACAAGUGCGUGUACGAAUUCCCAUGCAACCGUUGGUUUGCGCUGGACGAAGACGAUGGCAAAAUUCAGCGGGAUAUUCUAGUGGGAGGAACAGAGGCUACAGGUAUUGUCUAUAAUGUUGCUGUCGUGACGGGGGAUAUCCGAGGGGCUGGUACCAACUCCAAGAUCCACAUCGUCAUGCAUGGCUCCAAAGGGCUGAAAAACAGCGGGAAGGUUUUUUUGGAAGGAGGCGAAUUUGAACGGGCCAGGACCGAUCUUUUUAACAUAGAGAUAGCUGCUCUCCUGAGUCCCUUGAGCCGUGUCUCAGUUGGACAUGAUAAUGCUGGCGUCAGCUCAGGCUGGUACUGUGAGAAGGUCGUGGUUUACUGCCCGUUUACUGGUAUUGAACAGACAUUCCCUUGUGGAAAAUGGCUGGACGAGGAUGAAGGAGAUGGAUUGGUUGAAAGGGAGCUCUAUGAAAUGGUCUCACUGCGUCACAAGAGACUGAAAAAAAAUCCUUGGUCACUGUGGAUAUGGACAAGUGAUAUUAAGGGUGCUGGGACAGAUGCUACCAUCUUCCUCCAGGUUUACGGUGACAAAGGAAAGUCUGACGAAAUGAAACUGGACAAUAAUUCUGAUAACUUUGAGGCCGGACAAACGGACAAAUUCGUGAUUGAGCUCCCAGAUCUGGGUGUUUUGUACAAGAUCCGGAUAUGGCAUGAGAAACGGAGUCCGUUUUCUGGGUGGCAUCUGAACAAGGUAACUCUUUUGAAAACCCUGACAAAGGAGAAGUACUCAUUCAAGUGCGGCCGUUGGCUGGAUAUCAACGAGGAGGAUAAUGAGAUUGUGCGGGAAGUCGCAGCGGAAGGCCUGCUAGUGACUGAAGUGAUGCCAGUGAUCAAGUACCGGGUGACCGUGUGCACUGGGACAGUGAGUGGAAGUGGGACAGACGCCAACGUCUUCGCUUGUCUCAUUGGGGAUAAGGGAGACACAGGGGACCGUAUCCUGCAGAACAGUGUGAACACAAUCAAUAAAUUUGAGAAGGGCAGUGCUGAUGAAUUCAUCAUUGAAGCGGUCGACCUGAAGCAGGUGAGGAGGGUGAGGAUAGGGCAUGACGGCAAAGGAGGAAGCAGUGGCUGGUACCUUGGCAAAGUGAUAGUGAGGGAAGAUGGACAGCCAGAGAGUGAGGCUCAAGAAUUCCCCUGCUACAGAUGGCUUGACAAAAAUGAAGACGAUGGCCAGAUUGUUCGAGAGCUAGUUCCGGACGGGCGAUCGUCUAUCCUGGAAAAUAUUGGUUACCACAUCAGCAUAAAAACAGGAGAUGUCCCUGGAGCCAGCUCGGAUUCGAAGGUUUUGAUCAAGCUGUAUGGUGAAAACUCAGACACAAAAAAGGAGACUCUCUUGGUGUCUGAUAAUGACUUAGGCAAUUAUUUUGAACGUGGCCGAAUAGAUGUCUUUACUCUUGAUACGAUGGACAUUGGGAAGAUCCAACGGCUUCUCAUUGGGCAUGACAAUGUUGGGCUCCGAGCCGGCUGGCACCUUGGCAGUGUCCAGAUUAUGAUUCCUGUCCAUGGCAAGCAGUACAACUUCCCUUGCAACCGGUGGCUUGACAAAAACGAAGCUGAUGGAAAGGUAGAGAUUGAGGUCUACCCCAGCGAGAUCGUGCCGAUUGAGAAAUUGAUAAAUUAUGAGGUGUGCGUAGUUACUGGCAACGUCCGGAAUGCAGGCACCAAUGCGAACGUCUUCAUGCAGAUUUAUGGUGAGCUGGGCAAAACAGAGGUGCUGAUCCUGAAGAACAGGUCAAACAACUACGAGAGGGGAGCAAAUGAAACCUUCAAGGUAGAAGCUGUGGAUGUUGGGAAGGUCUACAAGAUGCGAAUUGGCCAUGAUGGGACAGGCAUUGGGGCUGGCUGGUUCCUGGAAAGUGUCACAGUUAAGAAGACGCGUACAAAGAAGUUGGAAAAGAAGAGGAAGAAGAAGAAAAAGAAGCCAGUUGAAGAAGAGGAAGAGAAGGAGCCUAAUGAGGUUGAUGUCAUGGAGGUUUAUAAUUUUGUGCUCCACCGCUGGCUGGCGAGUGAUGAAGAGGACAAGGAACUGGUUGUGGAGGUGAUACCAGAGGAUGGAUCUGAACUUGAAGUAAACACCUAUGAAGUCCAUGUCAUCACUGGCAUUGUGUGGGCAGCUGGAACUGAUGCUAAUGUCUACUUGAGCAUCUAUGGUGAAAGAGGAGAUACUGGGGAACGCCACCUGAAGCGCUCAGAUCACCUGAACAAGUUUGAGAAGAACCAGGUAGAUAUAUUUACUGUCCAAGCCAUUGACAUGGGAGAGCUUAAGAAGCUACGAAUCCGACAUGACAACACUGGAAACAAUCCUGCUUGGUUCCUAGAGAGGAUAGAAAUUAUUGACACCAAAGAGGAAACCACUUAUUAUUUCCCAUGCCAGAGGUGGUUGGCAGUGGAUGAAGAUGAUGGUCAGAUUGCCAGAGAGCUGGUCCCAGUGGCUGAAGCCUUUGUAAAGAAGGAUUCAGAUAACGCCGGAUCCCUUGCAACACUUGGCUUGGAACAGAAAGCUAAAUCAACGACAUUUACUGUGUCAGUGAAAACUGGGGACAAGAAACAUGCUGGGACAGAUGCCAAUGUCUUCAUCAUCCUUUAUGGAACCAAAGAUGACACAGGGACCAUCUACUUGAAGGCUUCCAAGACGAACAAGAACAAGUUUGAGCGAGGAAAGUUAGAUGUGUUCACGGUGGAAUGCGUGGAUCUUGGAGACAUAAAGAAAAUAAAGAUUGGCCAUGAUAAUACAGGUAAUUCUUCAGGGUGGUUCAUGGAGUGGGUAGAAGUGGAUGCUCCUUGCUUGGGGCUCUGCCUGAAGUUCCCUUGUGGCCGUUGGCUGGAUAAGUCAGAGGACGAUGGAGCCACUGAAAGGGUUCUGUUUCCUGCAAAACUGCAGACCAGGACGUACGUCCCAUUUGUUCCCUAUGAGGUCACUGUUUGCACAAGUGACAUUUUUGGAGCUGGCACUGAUGCGGAUGUCUUCAUUGUCCUGUAUGGAGCUGAUGGGGUCUGCACUCGACAGAAAUCCUUGUGCCAAAACAAAAGGGAGCGAAGGAUGUUCUUUGAGAGGGACUCCGUGAAUCAGUUCAUUGUUGAGUUGGAGGACAUUGGAGACAUUCUUGAAAAGAUUCGCAUUGGGCAUGACGGUUCAGGGAUUAAUUCUGGCUGGCAUCUUGAUCGAGUGGAGAUACGCAGGCUUUUACCCAAUGGAAAGGGUUCUGAAAAAACCACAUUUCCAUGUGAGAGGUGGCUAGCCAGGUCAGAAGACGAUGGAGAGAUUAUGAGGGAACUGGUUCCAUCUGACGUCUUUACUGAAAAGCUCAUGAAAGAUGGGACGCUCAAGCAGAUUGACGAAGAAAUUGACGAUCCACUGGAAAUUCACGCAUACAAGAUCACCAUUUUCACCGGCGAUGUUUAUGGUGCCGGAACGGAUGCCAAUGUGUUCUUGACCAUAUAUGGAGACCUGGGAGACACAGGGGAAAGAAAACUCACCAAGUCUGAAACUAGCACCAACAAGUUUGAAAGAGGACAGGAAGAUAUAUUCACAGUCCAAGCCGUGGACCUCGGCCCUGUCUAUAAAAUCAAGAUUCGCCACGACAAUACCCUGCCAAGACCAGAUUGGUACCUGGAGAAAGUAGAGAUCCUGAAUGACAACACAGAUGAUUUGUACCUGUUUCAGUGUGAACGCUGGCUGUCAAGGAAGAAGGAGGACCAAAAGAUAGAGCGGAUCCUUUUUGAAAAAGUAAAUCACAGUGUUUAUAGGGGGGGGGGCUGCAGGGUCCCAACAUCCCAAAGGUUUGUAUGCUUAGGAGUUAUUCCUUACCACUUAAUCAUCACCACGGGUGGCGAGCCUGGUUCAGACACUGACAGUCGAGUUUAUGUCAUCAUUAUGGGUCCUGAAAAGCUCCAGACAGGCCGACUCUGGCUUGACCUCCCGGAAGGACAGAAAGUAUUUGCAGAUGCCUCUGUGGAGAAAUUCUCCAUUAUGGGAUUGGAUGUUGAAGAAGUCAAGAAAGUGGAGGUUGGUCAUGAUGGUGCCACACCAGAAAGCUCCUGGCUCUUGGAUGAAAUAACCAUCAUUGUGCCCACCAAAGGCGUCAUGUAUACCUUCGUCUGCAAGUGCUGGCUGGCCAGGGACAUGGGAGAUGGACUUACCUCGCGUGUUUUCAACAUCCUGGAUGCCGACUGUGUCAACAUUGGCCUGAAGAUUCUCUAUGAAGUGACUGUCGUGACUGGAGAUCAUUCAUAUUCCGGUACUGAUGCUGGAAUCUUUAUUACACUCUUUGGAUCCAGUGGAUGCUCUGAAGAGAUGCAGCUGGAAAAAAAUGGAGCCAGAUUUGAGAUUGGCCAAAAGGAUACUUUCAUCAUGGAGAUUCCUGACAUUGCCCCACUCAGGAAGAUGAGGAUACGGACUGACGGGGAAGGGAGUCGCCCGGACUGGUUUCUCGAACAGAUCAUCAUGAAGAAUCUGACUACUCAAGAGGUGACCACAUUUACAUACAACGACUGGCUCUCCAAGCGGUGGGGAGACAAUCUCACACUAGAGUGGGAGAUACCAGCGGUGAUCAACGAUGUACAGAUGAUGGAGUAUACAACGUACACAAUUCAGGUUAAAACCAGUGACAUUGGAGGGGCUGGAACAGAUGCCAAUGUGUUCAUGAUCAUCUUUGGGGAGAACGGGGACUCUGGGACUUUGGCCCUUAAAGAAUCAAACCGGUCCAACAAGUUCGAAAGGGACCAGUUGGACGUUUUCUAUUUCUCGGACGUGUUCAGUCUCAGAGACCUCUGCAAGGUGCGCAUCUGGCAUGACAACAAAGGAGUUGGGCCUGGCUGGCACCUGGAAUACAUCGAUGUGGAAGACUCCCUCAUAGAUAAGAUAUUCCGCUUCCAGUGUGAUCGCUGGCUGGCAAAGGGCGAAGACGAUGGGCAGCUCAUGCGAGAACUGGCGUGUGCCAAUAAUGACAUCCUGGAGCUGAAGGAGCGAACCUCUUAUGAGAUCCUGACAGUCACCAGCGACAGAGACAACGCAGAGACCAAAGAAAAUGUUGCUGUUAUUUUUGAAGGGAAGAUGGGACGUUCCAAAGAGUUCCUCCUGGAGAACUCCUCCAAAAAAAGGAGAUUUUUAAGAGGAGCAACAGAUGUAUUUGAGUUUACUUCAAAGAAUGUCGGUGAUAUCGCAGCCAUCUGUGUGGGACUCUGUCCAAAAGAUGGAAAGAAAUCAAGCGUAAAAGCAGAUGUCUACUGGCACGUGCAGGAGAUUAUUAUUACAGAAAUGCAGCUUCACAACAAGUAUUUCUUCAGGUGCAAUGCAAAACUCCCGCUCUGUGGAAAGAGAGGUGACCGCAAAGUCUUUGAGUGUGCCAAGGUGAUCGAGAGCUUUGCCAGCAAAGCUCGGAGUUUGGUGCCAGUCAAAUAUGAGGUCAUUGUUGUGACAGGAUUUGAGAAGGGAUCCGGCACAGAUGCCAAUGUCCUCAUUACCAUCUUUGGCAUGAAUGGAGAUUCGGGCAAACGGGCGCUCAAGCAGAAGUUCCGCAACCUCUUUGAACGGGGUAGUACCAACCGAUUUUACUUGGAGAUCCUUGAACUUGGGGAGUUGAAAAAAGUUCGUAUUGAGCAUGACAGUAGUGGGAUAUCAUGCGGAUGGUUGGUAGAACGGGUUGAAAUCACCAACUCAGCGACAGGCGUGACAACAAACUUCCCCUGUGGGAAGUGGCUGGAUAAGAAUCGAGGGGAUGGAUUGACGUGGAGAGAGCUGUUCCCAAAGAGUUAAUGGCAAGCUUUAAAUGUACACUUUUCUGAAAGGCUCAAACCUGACCUGGCAACGGGAA